AUGCCUCCCACUAAGAAAUCGAGAGCUUCGGGUGCGGGACGCCAGUCGCGGCCGAGUGCUGUUCAAGCUGGCGACCCGGUCCCCGUCCGCGCAAAGCGUCGCUACCGUCCUGGCACUGUCGCUCUUCGCGAAAUCCGACAUUACCAAAGCGGUACUAAACUUCUGUUACGAAAGCUACCAUUUGCGCGCCUUGUUCGAGAAAUCGCACUAUCGAUGCGUCCCGCCGACGCGGGCCUACGCUGGCAAAGUCAGGCCAUCAUGGCUCUACAAGAAGCCGCCGAGGCAUUCAUGGUUCAUCUGUUCGAAGACACCAAUCUUUGCGCCAUCCACGCCAAGCGCGUCACUAUUAUGCAGAAGGAUAUCCAGCUAGCAAGACGGAUACGCGCUCUCCGAGCCAUGAGCCGCGGCAUCGCACCGGCGACUUGUGUGGGAGCGUUCGUUGCGACACGACCUGUCAUUCGCUGUGAUGCACCCACACUUGCUACUGGACCUCCUCGACGAAACCGCUCUUUCGAUGUUUCCCCAGAUACUGUCCGUCAGCUUUCUAGCGGAAGUGUUGCUGGAUUUGGAGUUGGGGUUGUAGUCGCCCUCUUUUCACGAACCCUUGCGUUCCUUGCAGGAGUGAUUGCCUUCUCCAUCCAUCUUGCGUCUCGUUGGGGCUUGGAUAUCCCUCGAACUCUUGGUAUUGAAAAGCUAUUGAAGAAGAGUUCGAUCUGGAACAAGAGCAAGAACAGGCCAUUAUUUACUGCCUCGUUCCUGGCGACGUUCAUAAUGGCUACCUUUGUACGUCUGUAG